AUGUUUGCUGUUGUAUCGGCUGUGGGUGCAAUAUGCUUUAUCUUUGUCAUAUUAUUCAUUUAUGUGAUAAAGCAAUACCGGUAUUGGAAAAACCUUGGAAUACCUGGUCCUGAUCCAACCUUCAUUUUGGGUAACAUGGGCGACCUGUAUUACCAGAAGGCCUCAGAACUCCGCAUCAUAGACAGUUGGUACCAAGAGUUCAAUAACGAGCCUUACAUCGGCUACUACAAUUUGUGGAAGCCGACGCUUCUCGUAAUGGAUCCUCAACUCAUCAAAGAGCUUAACGAAGUCGAUUUCGACCACUUCACUGAUCAUCCUCAGAUAUGUGGAAAUUCAAACCGUGACGCCAUCAUGCAUUCUCUAUUCACCAUGAAAGGGAACCUAUGGAAGUUGAAACGACAAAUCUUUUCGACACUCUUCGCACCGAAGAAAUUGAAAGAAUCCGUCGAAAUCAUGAAUAAUUAUAGUCCUGCUUUGAUAGAAGAGAUAGAUGUGCAUUCGGAAUGUUACGAAGAGAUCCAAAUGGAACAAAUUGCGAGGAGACAUAUGGUGAGAACAAUGAGCCAUGUCAUGUACAGCCUAGACACAUCUAGAAACGAACAGAUAUUCUCGAAGCUGUGCCAUCUAGCUGAAGUAUUCGAACACCCACCGCCUGCCACAUCACGAAUGCUCACAUUUUUUACGGCUGCGCCUUGCCUGUUCAAGUAUCUGGGGUUAAGCUCGUACCCUCGGGAGUUCUGGGACUUCUUUUCCAACUUGACCAAACACUUAUUAGAAUCGAGGAACGAACUGAAAAUUGGCCGCGAAGAUUUGGUUUCUCUUGUUGCCCAAUUACAAAAUGGAGGAAGCACCAAAAGUGACAUAAUUGAUCUCCGUGAAUCUGUGGGUCAUAUUUUUAGCUUCUUCAUCGCAGGUAUUCAUUCAAAUCUAACAACUCUAAGUUAUGCCCUCUUUCAGUUAAGUCGACAUCCUCAAGUUCAAGAAAAACUUCGUCAUGAAGUAGACAGUAUUUUAUCAGGGAACGAGUAUGUAUCCUAUGAUGAUGUGAUGAAGAUGAAGUAUUUAGAAGAUGUUAUCAAUGAAAGUUUGAGGAUGUACCCUCGAGGAGGAGUCAAGUUCGGGGCAGUGAUUAUGAGAAGAACAUGCACUACCCCAUACAAAAUUAAUGAAAAAUUUACUAUUCCUAAAGGUAUGGAUGUCGUUUUCCCAGUAUAUUCUCUUCAUAUGGACCCGCGAUAUUUUCCCGCCCCUGAAGAAUUCAUACCAGAAAGAUUUUCACAGCAGGAAAAACCAUCACCAGUUUUUAUGCCAUUUGGCAAAGGGCCAAGGACAUGUAUAGGUAAAAGGCUGGCAUAUGUAUCAUUGAUGGUAGCGUUGGCUCAAAUAAUUUCCAAUUACAUAAUCCUGCCAAGUCCUGACACAGACUAUCCCGUCAAGUUUGACCCAAGAAGCAUGAUCCGAACAUCCAGACCUCUCCAGAAACUUAAAGUCAGGAUGCACAAGAGGCGAAAGCCAUGUAUUUCAACCCAAUAAAAACUAAUUGUAUUCUUAUAUAUGAUUUUAAAUAUAUAUACUGGAUAAUGCCUAAAAACACUUAUGUGUAACUU